UUUUACGCGUAUAAACAGUGUAUAUGUACAUAAUGUAAUGUAUAAUUGUGUAGUUUGAUAAAUAAAAUGUUUUUAUAACGUAAUAAUCGUAAGGAAAAGUGGUUGCUGCGAGACAGAAUUCACUAUAAUUGGGAAUGUGGAGAUGAUACUUGACAUUUCGCAACUGAGUAAAAAGCAGCACUGCAAAAAUGACGCCGAAACGAAAGACGACAAGCUCAGAAUCUACAUCGUCGAGUAGCUCUGGUUCCUCCUCGAGUAGCUCAUCAAGUUCAGGCAGCGAAUCUAGUUCGUCUGACUCAGAAAACUCGAGCACUUCCGCUAAUAGUCAGAAGGCAUCCGACACAGAGAGAAUCAAGAAGAAGGCAUCAUUUCCAGUUACUCGUCAUGUCAAAUCUAAAGCUGAAACAGCUUCUGUGCUACCUCUGGAAAAUAAGAAUAAGGAUAGACAACCGCCGAAACCCAGAGCAGCAGUCUAUUCUUCUGAAUCCGAAGAAUCACCCAGUAAGGCAAAACCAUCUCAAAAGAGAAAACCACCAGCUAAACCAAAAGCCACCGCUACUGUAGCACCAGUUGUCAAGACGCAAAGGUCUCCCGCAAAACCAGUGCCUGCAUCUGGACAGCACAAAGCUACACCUGUUGCAAAGGCACUUAGUAGCAAGCCGAAUAAAUUUUCUGGCUCUACAAGCGCUAAUGGCAAAGCUCUUGAGAAAUCUGGAAAGAUAUCAGAACCAGUACAGAAAAGAUUAAAGAAAAAGAGCAUAUUUAGUCCAGAAAAUAGCAGUGAGAGUGAUAGCGGUGUCUCUGCGAAAGUCAGUGCAGUGAAACCGACAAGUAGUUCAGCAAAAUGCUCGAAAAAUCCUCCAGCCAGAGCAAAGUUAAAUGAUACCAGACAGAAACCUGCAGCAGCGAGCAGACCUGUCGCGAAACCCGCUCAGCCACAGAAAUCAGAUAGUUCUGCGAGUUCGAAGAGUUCCGGUUCAGCAUCCUCGGCUAGCACAGACAGCAGCAGCGACUCGGAAUCAUCCGAGAGCGUCACCAGCUCUCAACCUCGGCCGAAAAAAAAGGAGACACAAUCCAACAGUACAUUAGCAAAUAAUACUAUGACCAAUGCACCUAAGAGACCCUCCGCUACAGUUGCUCCAGUGAAACCACAAAAGUGUACAAAACGACAAAGUGCUGUAAAGAGCGAAGACGACGGAGAUGACGCGUCUGCGAGUGACAAAGAAAUAGAAGAUCAGGAACCACCGCCCUCAAAAACGGCGGCAAAGGGAAGGCGCAAGCUGCAAACGCGUAAAGGAAGCAAGUUGCUCCAGCUGCAGGCGAAGGCGGCUAGCGAUUCCGAGUCUGAUACAGGUACAGAAACGGUAAGAUGUAAUCGUAUCCUGCAAAUUGUGCUGACUCCCUGUGAUUUGUAUAUGAUGAGACCAGCCGAGCAAGAGGAGAUCAAGAGGAGUACGAGCAAAUCGCCUGUGAAACGCGCUGGACCGUCCGUCGCUGCCAGACAAUCUUCCGGAGCCGGUAGAUCGACGCAGAACAGUGGUGCUGCUUCCAAUAGCACCGGUAAUCGAACAGGCCAGGCCGCUUACAAUCGAACGCGCGCGACGAAGGAACGAGAAUGUCCGCUUGCUGCACAAUGCGACUCGCGGGGUCAUCUCUCCGGAAAAUUCGACUCGCACUUUACCCUGGAAGCAUGUCCGCUGUACCACAAUACCACGCCACAGUCUUGCGUAGAGUUUUACAAGGAGAGAAAAAAGCGAGAGGACGAGCGGAAAAAGGCGAUAGCGAAUUUAGCCAAGAAGCCCAAGGGUGUUCAUCAGACUACGGAGCAACGCAAUUACCAACUUAAAGUACGAGAAAUGAGAAACAAAUGGAAAGGGCACUCCGGCGAUGGUAACGAGAGCGAUAGCGGCGGGGAGAUGCAAGGAAAUGAGAAGGACAGGCAGCCCCGGCUGAGCAACCUCACUCCCGACUACGAUUUGAAAAUGUUUAUGGAGGCUCAGGCGGUGGCCAGCGAGAAAAUCGAAAAGGAGUUAAAAGACUUGGAUUACGAAGGUGAAGGUAGGAACGGUGGUGGCACACGAAUCGUGGAAAUGGGCAAAUGGGAAAUGGAAGUUUGGUAUCAAAGUCCAUAUCCCGAGGAAUACAGCCGUGCUCCGAAGCUUUACCUAUGCGAGUAUUGUUUGAAGUAUGCCAAGAGUCGACAAGUAUUAAGAAGACACAGAGAAAAGUGUUUAUGGAGGCAUCCACCGGGACACGAAGUGUAUAGAAAGGAUAAAAUAGGCGUAUGGGAAGUGGACGGCAAGCGAUACAAGCAGUACUGUCAGAACCUCUGUUUGCUGGCCAAAUUCUUCCUGGAUCAUAAAACGUUGUAUUACGACGUCGAGCCGUUUCUCUUCUACGUUAUGACGAUCGGAGACGCCGAGGGCUGUCAUACUGUCGGAUACUUCAGCAAAGAGAAGAACUCCUUCUUGAAUUACAACGUGUCCUGCAUCCUCACGCUGCCACCAUAUCAGCGACAAGGAUACGGCCGGCUACUCAUCGACUUCAGCUACUUGCUGACGAGGGUCGAGAAGAAGAUCGGUUCGCCGGAGAAGCCGCUAUCGGAUCUCGGCCUGAUAUCGUAUCGCAGCUACUGGAAGGACGUACUGCUGCAGUACCUCUGCAAUUUCGGCGGCAAGGAGAUCUCCGUCAAAGAUAUCAGCAAGGAAAUGGCGAUCGACUCGUAUGACAUUGUCAGCACCCUACAAGCCCUCGGGAUGAUGAAAUAUUGGAAAGGAAAGCAUAUCAUUCUGAAGAAACAGGACGUGAUCGACGACUACAAGGAGAGGGUGAAGAGACGGGGACCCGACUACAAAGAGAUCGAUCCGGACUGUCUGAAAUGGAACCCCUUCCAGCCACCCAAGACGCCCUCCGCCUCGAACUAAGGCCUCUGCCAGGAGUCUGGAACUGCGCCACCUCUUUGCCUUCCGUCUCGUCCUCCUACCUCUACCCUCUCGCCGAGGCGCGAGACGACGGUCGAUUCUUGCUCCUCCUCAUCGUCAUCUUCGUCGUCGUCGUCGUAUUCAUCCGCAUGCUCGGUCCUCUCGUCAGCUCUCGGCAAUGCGGGGAAGGCAUAAGCCGCCACCGACAGAUUUCACGCCCAUAACGCGCGGUGAGAGCCGUGAAAAUCCUUCCAGGAACUUCUUCGUCCUGCCGGGAAGCGCGCGGGCGGCAAGUACGGUGAGUAUCGCAUUCCAUUGGCGAUAUCGUUAAGGCUCGCCACGGGGGAGGGUUUCUCCUCGAUUCGCAGGAGCUUUGCUGCAGCACGGAUCUACUGCAGAUUGACUCAAUCUGCAAUUUGCUAGAGCUGCUGGCCAUCUAAAGGACGGGAAGAAACGACGAGCGUUAUUACGCGAUUAUUCCGUCGUUGACAAUGUCCGGUAAUAAUUGUACCUGGAAAGUCUGGAACAUGUUAGGUGCUAGGAAACGAAUCGUCGACGAGGGUAAGCGAGUACAAGCUGAUAAUAGCGCACAAACGCGCGGGAUAUGCGAUGGCUUUCAGUAUCUCUUCUGCACUCCGCUGGUGUUAUCGGCUUGCAUUCCCGUAUCCGAUUAUUUUUCAAUCUCACGGCUUUCUAUACUUUGCUCUUUUCUACGAUCGUGUACGAGUCUCAGGCUCUAGAAUAUUAUUUAAAAAAAUUUGCACACUAGUGCAACUGCGAAUCUGCAUGCGACAAUUUUUUAACGCCGACUAUACGUAAAUCACGUAACGAAUGAUCCGCUCUCUCGAAUAUGUAAAUACGAAUGUUGAAUAAAUAUGUAAAUAUGUACUGUUUCGGCUGGAUCUCCCCGGCAUUCCAAGCUGUAUCGAUUUACCUGAACGGUAAUUAAAUGCGCGACUGCACAGCGUCACUUGCGGCGGUACGGCGACGAAAAACGUCAGCUGUGCAAAGCGGACGCGCACAGGAGGGAUUUUGCAUAUUUGCACGUAGGAAAAACUGCUAAACCGGCGACCCGACGACGAGCCGCUCCUCCGCGUUGCGUCGAAUGCUGCGCCGGGUUCGUCGGUGCAUCGACCUUGGCACCUCUCUGGUUGGUGCAGUAAGUUGCAUAACGGCGGCACUGCAUUAACGCGUCCGGUGCAUCGAUCAGAUUGCGUCGAAUGCGCUUUCGGAGAGGAUACCGGACCGCCCGAACGAGGAGUCCUAGUCGCCUCGAAUUUUCCACAACGGGCUCACGAUCGCAAGAAUUCGGUCCUUUAAUCAAGGAAAAGCAUGCUCGUGCUGAUACGACAUAAAGUUCCAUCGAUUGCGGUUCGGUACGCUGCGCGAGAUCAUUUGCCAUUAAAUUUUAUGUUCUCCAGAUGGCUACGGAGAUAUGGGACCCCCUUUCCCGUUUCGUACUCGGGUGCUCGGGAAUAAUUUCCCCGUUAAAACACGUUCGACUGUACUGCACCGCAGCCGCAAGACGUAGGCACAGCGGACACGUUAUUGAUCGGUCUACCAAGGUGCAUGCUUGGCUGCAGAAAGCGAGAGAAAGAGAGAGGCUGUGUAUGCGUGUAUGAGCGAAAGAACGAGAAAAGAGAGGGACUUGCUGACGAUGCGGAGGCCCAUCGGCCUCGAUCGUGCCCGUUGAGCAACGUGAAAACUCUAUAGCUAUCGAGUCAAGGUCGUGCGCGGGUUCAAUCUGAACACGUUCUGCGCCUCCGGACACGAUGAAUAGUAGCCGGAGCCCUGCCCUCGGAAUUCCAUCCCGCGUCUUUUGCACCUCUCGCCACGCGCGAGGUCUUUAAUUCACGCACUCUAACGCAACUCUGACCCCUCCCGUAACGAGCUCCGGCGAUUUUAAUCAAUACUCCCCAGCUGUCGGAGAGCCGUUGCGACUCGCCGGCUUUGUGCGCGGCGCACUUUAAUCCGUUACGUUGAACUUUCCGUUCCGCGCCGAUCGUCCUGGGGUCCCAUAGCUUCGUCGCCGAACGAUGGGCAAACGGGCGGACGCAAGCUCGACUCGCAAACUUGCUCAACUUGUGCUGGACGCGAUGUCACCCUGUCGGCAACCCUCGAGCGUGGCAACGCGCGUCUCUCUCUCCCGAAAUGUGUCGCGAACGCUGAACGCGCGCAUUUCAUUUCGCCGAGAUCGAAACCCGUGUAAUUUCGUCGGACGGUAAUUUCAGCCAAUUACCGUGUUUCCCUCGUCACGCUUAAUCGCGGGCAUCAGCAUUUGCGCGAAUCUAUAAUUUCCGAAAAUAUUAAUUAACGUCGUGUCUCUACUGACAGGCACAAAGAGGGGGUCAAUUGCAUGUGUAGUCCAGUUUGAUUGAUGUAAGAAAAGCACCGAAUAAUCAAAAAUUUACGCCGGUCGGAAUUCAUGUCGGUUUCGAUCUCCAUGUCCCGAAAGCGACACGUUUAACUUAAUCGAGUGUUUUAAUUUUUAUUCGUGAUAUAUUUUUCUAUCCAUUAUUUGCAUGUCACCGUGCGCUGCGUAUCAUUUGUCUUUCUAUUGCGGGAGCGAAAUCGCGGUACGAUAAAUCGUAAUCGCUCAAGAUCGAGGAUCAUUGUAGAUUUAUAUAUUAUAUAUAUUUGAUUGUACAUAGAAAUAUUAAUGUAGACGUACACAUUUUUGUAAUCAUUGCUGUGUCACCGUCACGAACUGCGCUCGCAACGAAUGCAAUAAAAUGGGACACAAAUCU